UGCGUCGGAAAGGGGGAUUUCGCGGGAGCAGACGAAGAUGGACGAACGCAAACUGAAGCAGAAAGUUAACGCGGGGUUUAAAAUGCGCGGAUUAAUCCUGCGACCUGAGUCGAGUCGCUAUCUGCUGCAAGUUCUGGAGUCUGUCAGUGAAGCAGAUCUCGAUGAAGUUCUCGAGCGAAUCUUAGAUGCAGUUGAAAAACAACCACUGUCGUCCAGCAUGAUUGAGGUGUCUGUGGUAGAAACCGCCGUGCAGGACUGCAGUCAGUCAUGUGAUGAGACCAUAGAAAAUGUUUUCAACAUCAUUGGAGCUUUUGAUGUGCCUCGAUUCUUCUACAGCACAGAGAGAAAGAAAUUUGUACAUAUUAGCAUGACAACCCAUCGGACCCCCAAACUCUGUGGUCAAUCCAGAGAUAAAGCGGAGCUCUUCAGAGAGCGAUACACCAUCUUACAGCAGCGGACGCACAGACAUGAACUUUUCACCCCUCCUGUGAUUGGUUCAGCUCCAGAAGAAGGAAGAAAUAAAUUCCAGCUGAAGACAGUAGAGGCUCUUUUGGGCAGCACGGCUAAACUCGGUGAGGUGAUUGUUCUGGGAAUGAUCACACAGCUGAAAGAGGGAAAGUUUUACCUGGAGGAUCCCAGUGGUACGGUGCAGCUGAAUAUCUCAAAGGCACAGUUUCACAGUGGUCUGUACACAGAGUCUUGUUUUGUCCUGGCAGAGGGAUGGUACGAGGAUUCUGUGUUUCACGUUAAUGCUUUUGGGUUCCCACCCACAGAACCCUCUUCUAUCACCAGGGCAUAUUAUGGCAAUAUAAACUUCUUUGGUGGUCCGUCAACUACCGCGGUCAAGACGUCAGCCAAACUGAAGCAGCUGGAGGAGGAGAAUGAAGACGCCAUGUUUGUUGUCGUGUCAGAUGUGUGGUUGGACAGUGUGGAGGUACUGGAGAAGAUUCACACCAUGUUUGCAGGGUAUUCUGCUAUGCCACCCACAUGCUUCAUAUUUUGUGGGAAUUUCUCUUAUGCACCAUAUGGUAAAAACCAAAUAAAAGCACUCAAAGAGUCUUUUAAAGCACUUGCUGACCUCAUUUGUGAGUAUCCCAGCAUUCACAAAAGCAGUCGUUUUGUGUUUGUUCCUGGCCCACAAGACCCAGGACCUGGCGCUGUAUUACCCAGACCUCCUCUGGCUGAGCACAUCACAGAAGAAUUCACACAGCGAGUUCCCUUCUCUGUGUUCACCACCAACCCCUGCAGGAUUCAGUACUGCAGUCAAGAGAUUGUAGUGAUUCGAGAAGAUCUCGUCAACAAGAUGUGCAGGAACUGUGUACGAGUCCCCGGCACCAACUUGGACAUUCCAAGCCAUUUUGUGAAGACCAUCUUGUCACAGGGUCACCUGACUCCUCUCCCUCUGUAUGUCUGCCCAGUGUACUGGGCGUAUGACCACACCCUAAGGGUCUAUCCUGUGCCUGAUGUCAUCAUCUUCGCUGACAAAUACGACCCAUUCAACAUCUCCAACACGGACUGUCUGUGCAUCAACCCGGGCUCUUUCCCAAGAAGUGGCUUUAGCUUUAAGGUGUAUUAUCCUUCCAACAGAACUGCUGAAGACAGCAAACUGCAAGGGCUUUAAAGCUGACAAGACACUGGAAAAGAACCCUGAUGUCAUGUUUUUCAUUGUUGUAUUUGUAUCAACUCAAAGUGUUUAGUCCUUUUUAAGGAAAAUAAAAACAGAAAAAAUAUUUGGGUGGCAUUUUUUACAGCCUAGUUUUCUCAACACAGACAUUUUUGGCUGUCUAGCAAUCCAAUUCUUUCUUUCACUGUUAAACAUGUAAACCUGCAAAAGACAUAAAUGUUAUAAAUGUGGGGGUAGUCGUGGCCUAAUGGUUAGAGACUCCGCUUGUAAACCAAACGUUGCCGGUUGGAGCCUCAGUACCAGCAUGGAUUGUAGGUGGGGGUAGUGAAUGAUCAGCGCUCUCCUCCACCUUCAAUACCACGGCUGAGAUGAGACCCUUGAGCAAGGCACCGAUCCCCCCCAACUGCUCCCUGGGUGCCGCAGCAAUGGCUGCUUACUGCUCUGGGUGUGUGUGUGUUACUCACUGCUGUGUGUGUGCUCUUGGAUGGGUUAAAUGCAGAGCACAAAUUCCGAGUAUAGAACCCCAUACUUGGCCUCACAUCACUUGACCUUCACACUGGGGUUCUGAUUCAAUACAGCAUGCGUGUAAAUUGAUUUUCAGUCUUGUCCUGCUCAGUUCAGCGGCAAACACUUUGAAUCUGUCAAUCGUGUGUCAAUAAGCGAAGUAUUUAUUUGGGGGGAAAUGAGUCUUAUGGGUGGGCAUGUUCCCCUUACUGUAUGCGGUGGUUAUGCCCCUUGCAUGAAGAAGAAAAUAAAAACAAAGAACUCAUCAUUUUAGCAUGUGACACAUGCGACUCCAUUUGUUGGGUAUAAUUGCAUCAGGUUUGUGCAUUUUAAUUCACAGAAAUCCAACAAAGUUUGUUGUCUCCCAAAAAUGGUGUCCUUUUUGUCACAUCCAUAUAAUACAUGUUUAAACCACUUUCAAAACAGAAAACUUGUGCAUAGACUGAUGUUUUUCUGAUGUUUAAACUAUCAACAAGGUCUUAGUGAAAUAUAAACAGAUGAUUCAGUAUAUUGGUAGCAAACACAUUCUCUGAGUGUUUUUAUGUCAGAUCCAUAACGCUGGAAUUCCCCUAUUGAUGAUGAGCUUUAGUAUGUCUGACCACAAACGCAACACGAGCUAAUACAAAUGAAGCUGAUUGUGGACAAACUAAGCAAAACAUAACAUUUAAUAUUUAAGUGAAAGUAUUUUGGGCAAGAAAUAGAUUAAUCAAUUAUAGUUAACGAGUCAAAAUGCAGAAAUCCUAUCAGCCUUGAUCGCUUUUUGUCCCACUUCUCACGUGCUUCCCGCACUGCAUCUCAAGUACCUUGCACUGCACUUUGAUAGAUGUUAAAAAUGAUAUAUCUACUAAACAUAUGCUCCCAACGUCUAAACUGAAUACAUUUCUCCCAAACAAAUGUAUAUACAGUGUGCAACAUCUAGUAUUCAGAAAAUAUUCAGUGAAGUAACUUACACCUUGUCUACAACACGUGUUCGGCGCAAUGUGAUGCAACAAUAAAAAAUAUCAAGAACAAGGUGUUUGUCGUGAGGACAGCAUUUCUGUUUAUAAUGAGUUCUAUAGUCCUAUGUCACGUCGCAUCGUGCUGCUCACAUGCGGGGCAGAUAGGGUGUUAGCGUUACCAGCCUGUACGUCGCAAAUGUAAGGUCGCGCAAGUUCAAAACUCUAUUAUUUCAUUGCCUUCCUGUUUAAAAACAACUGAAACACAUAUUCAAACAUUGCAUUAUUGAAUAUAUUAUUAAAGCAAACUUCCAACCUACCUUCCAUCCUAGUCGGAUGAGAAAAACAAGAUGGUUCAAGACAAGAUGUUAGAAAACGUUGGGUCCUUGAAGGAGAAAUUAUACAUUGGCUGAAAAACAGUGUGUAGACAAGAAUUUCUGUGUGGUUAAGUUAAAAGAGCGUACAAUUCUGAGUUACAAUUUGGAAAGCAAAAAGACCAAGUAAAAUAGACUCAAACAGUUUUGGUAUUCCAACUAACACCCAUAUUCACUUACCAGGGCUCUAGACUGCAACCAAAAUGCUUGCCAAUGCGAUCGUUUUUUAUAAGGGUUGGAUUGGUGCCAGUGAGUAAAACAAAUUUUUGUCCCGCCAAAGAUUUAGUUUUACAUUUCAUGUGAUUUAUGAGUAGUGAAUGAUGGGCUUGUGAUAAGUGAGCGAGCAGAGAGCUCGUGCACUCCCUCUUGUCUCCAAACUAAAGUGUGUGUUUGACUUCAUUCUGUGUUGCGCAAAUCAAACGCUCGAUCUCACGGAACAUUGAUGUCAUAUUCAGCGCUUAAUUAAAACGAACACCAAUUAUUUACCAAUAAACACCAAUAAAUUAAUGUUA